UGUCUAGAAAUCAAGAAUGUCACGUCGGCCAUCUUGAAUAAAAUUUCAUAAUGGAAAAAAGUGAUAUCUAAAUAAAAAGUAAAUGCAACUAUUUACACUCAAUAUCUAAAUUAUCCGAAUAUAAAUUUUAGUGCAUAUUUUUUAAGUGCUAGUUUUUUAAUUAAUAAAAUAUAAUCACUUAGACCACAUAAAAAAGAUCACCAAUUAAAAAAUAUCACCAAAUCAGCUGUUAUCCGUCAAUCGAUGUCAACAAAAUUACAUAAUUUUGUUUGGAAAAACAGUGAAGCUAAUAUUUUUGAGUGUCAUUUUCAAAUUUUUAAACAUGUUUUUUGAAUUUAAUGCUUCCACAGUAAAAUUGUUAAAGUAAAUGUGUACACAGAAGCGAAUCAGAUUGGUGAAUUUUAGUACUUUUUUUUAGAAUGUAGCCAAACUACACUACUAUGGAUCAUAAUAAUAUAAUUGAAUGCGCUGGUUUUUAUUUCAUACAUAAUUUUGAUUCUGGAAACCUGGGACAUGUGGAACGAGUGCCUACGGAGUUCAUUACUCCAUCUGUUAAUCCGAAAACAAAUGCAGCUGAAACCCCUGACUAUGAAUUCAAUUUGUGGACUCGACCCGAUUGCGCGGGUACUGAGUUUGAGAAUGGAAACCGCACCUGGUUUUAUUUUGGUAUUCAAGCUAGUGAACCAAAUGUGCAGGUGCGGCUGAAUCUUAUAAACUUGAAUAAACAAGGCAAGAUGUACAACCAAGGGAUGGCUCCUGUGACUAGAACUUUGCCGGGAAAACCACAAUGGGAAAGAAUAAGGGAUCGUCCAGUUCAUUCUACGGAUGACAACACUUUUACACUGAGCUUUAGAUACCGUACAGCAGAAAAUCCAAAAGCAACAACAUUCUUUGCUUUCACAUAUCCAUAUUCUUUUGCUGAGCUGCAAAUAGCUCUUAACUCCAUUGACUUAAAAAUGUUGCCAUUGCCUCCGCCGCAGUCACCUGACGAUAUUUAUUAUUACAGGGAAUGUUUGAUUUAUUCUUUAGAAGGUAGGCGAGUAGAUCUAUUAACAAUAUCAUCACACCACGGCAUAACCACGGAGAGGGAAGACAGAUUGAAGAACCUGUUCCCUGAUAACCAAGAAAGACCUUUCAAGUUUCAAAACAAAAAGGUUAUAUUUGUGUCAGCUCGAGUUCACCCAGGAGAGACACCUUCGAGUUUCGUCUUCAAUGGUUUCCUCAACCUCCUCCUCACGAGGAACGAUCCCAUCGCGACACAAUUGCGGAAGCUGUAUGUGUUCAAACUGAUCCCUUUCCUGAACCCCGACGGGGUGGCGAGGGGACACUACCGGACGGACACCCGGGGAGUCAACCUGAACAGGGUGUACCUUAACCCGUCGCUGUCUCACCACCCUACCGUGUACGCAUCGAGGUCACUCAUCAGAUAUUAUCACUUUGGAUGUGAAAAAGAGGACGACAUAUGCGAGGAGAGCAACAGCUUCACUGCGCGAAGUGUUCCAGAUAUUAGCGAAAGUGCCGAGCUGAUCGCAACCAAGAAGAAGAGAAGUGUCACCUCCCCAACAUACAAACGCGAUAAGAUCAAGACAACAAACAAAUCCACCGGCGUGUUGAAACAAGUCUCAGCUGAUUGCUCAAAAGAGGUCCAGUCGUUGAGUAGCGAAGCGGGGAAUCUCGCAGAACAGGUAUAUGACAUGAAACUCCAAGAGAUGCCGUUACAAGCGAGCGAAGUUACUUCGAACGUUUCGAACUCAAAUGUAGGAGAUAGUUCGUCGCUACUCAACGAAUCGGUUCUAAAGUCAUGUCUGGGCUCCAGCGUCCACCUCAGCACGAGUGAAGAGCUGAACGUUCAUGGCAAUAACCCUCUGAAACCGUUGAGGGAGACGCUGAAGAAUAGCAUAAGUUUGCUAAUGGAAUCGUCAUCCUUCAUUACCGAAGAGGCGGUGCUCGGUCGCGUGCGCGCGGGCUGGUGCGGCGAGUGCCGGCGGGCGGCCUCGCGCCUCGACACCACCUCGCCCGGCCUCGCCACGCUGCUGCCCGGAUACUCCGCCGCGAUGCGCCCCGAGUCCCCCACGUACCACACCAUAGAGGAGUACAGGGAGCACCAAAGACGACAAAUAGAUGAUCAGGAACGUAAGCUGCACGACGCUGAAUUUGUCGAUAGUUCCGAAAGUAUCUAUUUCUGUACAAAUUGUUUUAAGAGAUAUAUUAUUACACAAGAGAAUGAAGAAAUUAACGUGCAGGAGGGCGCGGCGCACGCGAGCACGGGCGUGUCGGCCGGCGACCACUGCUCGCUGCUCCCGCACUCGCCCGCGCACUCACCCGCACACUCGCCCGCGCACUCGCCCACGCACUCGCCGGCACACUCGCCCGCCGGCAGCACAGGAGAUGCAAUCGUACUGCCCCCUCUCCAGCAGCCCACCCUGCCAAAGGAAGAGAAAUCCAAGUCUAUCUCGAACAAGCAGCCGAAGAAGAAACCCUUGCCCCCUCCCGUGCCUCCUGGGGCACCUACCGCGCCUCGCGUGCCCUACAAAGAGGUCGAUUCUGGCCUCUACCUGUACAUAGACUUACACGGACACGCCUCGAAAAAAGGCAUAUUCAUGUACGGGAACCACUUCGAGGACCUCGAGAGCUGCGUCGAGUGCAUGCUGCUGCCGCGCAUCAUGUCACUCAACAACUUGCACUUCCACUUCUCCUCGUGCAACUUCACGGAGAGAAACAUGUACCUCAAAGACCGGCGCGACGGCAUGUCCCGCGAGGGCUCGGGCCGCGUGGCCGUGCUGAAGGCCACGGGGCUGGUGCGCUCCUACACGCUGGAGUGCAACUACAACACGGGCCGCCUCGUCAACGUGCUGCCGCCCGCCGCGCGCGACCCGCCCGCGCCCCCCGCCGCGCCGCCCGCCGCGCCGCCGCCGCCCAAGUACACGCCGCACAUCUUCCAGGAGGUGGGGCGGUCCCUCGGUGCGUCGAUCCUGGAUCUGACGGGACAACACCCCAACUCGCGCAUCCCGUGCUCCGAGCACCGCAACCUGUCCGCCGUGCGCGACUGGCUGCGCGCGCACACGCGCACGCUGCGCCCGCAGUUGACAACCUCUCGAUUACGACCGAAAACGUCGUCACCCACACGAAUGCCGCUCUUCGCGCGCUCCAAAGCCAAGGUGACGGACGAAAGGAAGGAGAACGCGUUCGUCGCAGCCAAAUCGGACUCCGAACGAAAACGAAGCCCACCGGUGCUCGCGCAGCGCUCCGGUCACGAACUGAUCAACUCGAAUAUGAAAUUUGCCAAGAAAAACGAUCCCGUCAAGACCUCGUCCCGCACGCGAUACCUCGCCGAGAACGAGCCGAAGCCGAAGACGCUGUCGACCAAGCGGCGGAACAUACUCGCCAUCCGCAAGCCGAACGCGAGCAAGACGCAGACGGGCGGCGUCGUCAAGGCCAAGUGCAGUCGCCGCGCCGCCGACGACGCCGACAGCGCCAAGCUGUGCAAGCGCAGCUACUCGCGCACGCUGCGCCGCCGCGGCGCCGCCUCCACCUCCGAGGAGGACUUCGUGACGCCCUCGCCCUCGCGCCUCAAGAAGAUCCGCCUCAAGACGGGCUUGUAGCGCACGAGCGGCCCUCAGAACGUGCCCACUUCGGCUGCUGUUGUAUAAAAUUGUUCAAUAUCCUCAUAGUCCAACGACGCUCCCGGUGGUUAAACGAGCAUCCGAGUCGACGGUCAUUAUAUAUUUCCUUUCGUGUUUUGUAGAAAUAUGGACAAAACUUUGUAAUUCUUUUUUCUCACAAGGCGGUUAAAUUCGUUGGUUUUUAGAAAUAUUUUUAUUUGAAUAUAACCUAUAAAUAAUCAUACUUUUGUUUUAUAUUCAUAUUAAUACAAUAUUUUUUAAUUCAAAGAAUAGGAUUAUCUCAAUUAUUUUUUAGAUGUUGUCCUUACACUAAUUGUCAUUUGAACAUUUGGAAAGGUAUAUUAAUUAGGAUCGUCUUUCUGUUGCCUAAUAUUUGAAUAUAAGUUUUCCACCGACAUGACCUUGAAUCUUUUUUACAAAUAAAAUAAUACACUUAAUUCAGCAAAGAUCAAGAUCUUGAUAGAAUAUAUAUAGAUAUAUAGAAAGCUUGUAUAAGUUUUUUUAUACUCAAAUAAAUGUAAACUUGAUUAGCUGAAAUACUGUAAUAAAUUAUGUAAAUUGCUAGAUUAGUUAGCUCCUGGAGCAAAUUAAGAGCAUACUGAAUGAUCUCAUUAUGAUUUUUAUUGCUUUAAUUUCAAAUUAUCUGUAAUAAUUCAAACAUAACAAUAACGAUAAAACCGUACCUAUACGAAAAGACACUGGGUUUCGAGUUUAUUGCAUAUUUAUUAACAAAAUAAAAACAAAUUUAUUAUGUAUAUUACUUAGAAAUAAGAUAGUAAUUAUUAUCAAUGUGUACCUACAGUGACAAUGAAAAGUCUAUUUCAUAAAUAACAAAUAUUUGGAGCCAGGUCACAUUGGAACAUUAUGAAUUCAUUUAAGGACAAGCUCUGUAUAAGAGCAUAUGCCGUGGUGCAUGUUAUGUUGAAGUUGUUAUAGCCAACCAUAAAUGUGCAAUAAUAAUAAUGUAGUUGUAAACAUAUUUUUUUUCUAAACUUUGUGUUGUUUAUAAUAUGUACUAAAAUUAAAGUUGUGUGUAAAAUAAAUUGUAAUAUCAUAGAAAAAUUAGUAUGUAUUUAAAUAGUAACUAUUUAUCUGAAAUAUUAAUAUAUUAAUAAAUAACAUUUAAUGUUA